UCCGUAUCCAGCUGUGGGAGAUGCGAGGGGUUGGUGGGGACACGUUCCCUUGGUGACCACCAGUUACAUAAUAACAGUGGGUACCCAGUGUAUCUGAACCAUUAGUGAAUCAGAGAUAAGGACACAGAGGGAGAUGAUAAACCGAAAUUACUUCCCUACCAAUUUAGAUUUUGAAUAUGCUGUGCGGGAUUCAAAAGCUAUUAAAAGAGUGGCGCUUGAUUCAGAGUAUGAACAAUCAUAAAGUGCAACACACAUAACUUUAAUAUUUCACUUUGAUUACAGGCAUAGUUAUCUUUAUGCGAGACAUUGCAGUAUGUCAAUGAACUUGCUCCUUUGAACAUCAUACCUUAUGCUUCCCUGCCCCACUGAGUGCUGCAAACUCAACCUGCCUUCCUUAAUUUGUCUCUUUUACCAAGUAAAGACAUAUAUAGGAGGUAAAUUUAAUUUAGCAAGGUCAAUUAAAACAGAGUGACUGGAUAAUAAGGUGAGUGACCCCUGUUAGGGUUUGGUCCCUCCUGUAUCACAUAAUGGCUUUUAAAACAAAUAGUAUCUGAUUGGGCUGCAGGGCCUGAGGGAGCCGUAUUCCCAUGCUGGAUGUCCCUGAAUAUAUUUAUUGUUGGCUGUGUACUGCAACUUUGGAGUGCAGAUAAAUAGAAUUGCAGCUGACACAAUUUUAGUUUUGAUCUUAAAGCUUUGUCAGGGGUUUCUAAGAAGGAUUUCAUCCCGUUGGUGCUUUACAAUUCUUGUAGACUAUAUUUGCAAUGCUGCAAAGUUGCAGCACAUUAUUAGCCUUUGUGUAGUGUCAGUGGAUCACAAACAAGUUGGCUAUCAUAUCAUAUUCCAAAUAUGAUUAUUUCAAUUGAUUUGAAACUGGAUAUUAUUUAACUAAUUAUAGUCUAUAAUUAUGGAAAUAAUACUGGUUGUUACAAUAUUUUGUUUAAAUAAAUGAACUAAUAUUCAAGUCUGUUUGGUUAAGUAUGCAUUUUUGGCACUACCGCUUGGAUUGGCUGAAGCAACACAUUUCAAGCAUUUACUACUUUUAGCAUUUACUACUUUUAGCUGUCUGUCACACCUAUUACUUGUGGCAAACUAUUUUAACCAUUUAUCCCAUACUUUUAUCAUUUAUCUAUUACGUUCAGCUAUUUCAAUGAUUUAUCCAUUAUUUUAAGCUAACCAUGUAUCACCUGCGGUUUAACUGUUAAACUGUUUAUCCUUUUAGCCAUGUAAAGCCAUUAACUUAGGCUACUUUUAGCCUUUUUAUAUACAGUCUAAGCUUUUAGCCUAUUUCAAACAUUUAUCUAUUAAUUGUAGCAAUCUAUUUCAACUAUAUGUCCAAACUUUUAGCUAGGCCUACCUAUUUCAACCAUUUAUCCCCUACUUUUAGCUAACUGUUAUAACUUAGGCUAUCCAUUACUUUUAGCUAUCUGUUUCAACUGCUUACAUUUAGGCUGUCUAUAUAAACUGUUUAUAUAUUAGUUGAGUUAUUUCAUCUUUCCACAUACGCUGGCAACGGUGAAAGUACCCCUAAGCAGGCUUACCCCUGGCUGGGAAUCACCAUCCUGAGCUACUGUAAGGACACUAGCAGAGAGAGAGACAGAUGGAGGGCCAAGUGAGCAGUAGGCUAGUGUCAGCGCUCUAAAUUUAGAUUACCCUCUGCUUGUGAACUAAAUACCAAUGACAACAGAUCAACUGACACCCACCCACCCACUCAUUCAGCCACUCAGUCAGUUCAGGCUGCAGCCCCCUCCAUGACAAGCCCCAGUCCUGGGGAGCGCGAGCACCCACACGGGUCGCACUACCCAGCCUGACCCUCUUGCUUCUCACCUUUCUGACUUCCUACCCCGAGGAGACAGGCACAACUUGAGACUCCCCCCCGAGGGUCCUUUAGGACAGGGGCAGCCAUGUCACAGUUUUCCACCAUGACAACCAGGGAGAGGAAAAUGCAGGCAGCAGCAAUCUGCAGGGAGGUUCAAGCCCAGGAAGAUAUAGAGAUGGAUCUUGGGAAGAAAAUGAGCGUGCCUAAGGACAUCAUGCUGGACGAGCUGUCUUAUGCCUCAAACCGAGGCUCCCGUCUCUUCAAACUACGCCAGAGACGCUCAGAAAAAUACACUUUUGAGAGCACACACAAUGAAAACAACGUGCAGCUCAAUAACGCGACGGUUUCUCAAACUGUGAACGGGAACAGCGGUGAGAACAACUUCGGUGUCGCCCAACCACCUAAAGAGCCGUCCGACACACCAGAUACAAGAAUGGUGCCGAAUCCACACAGUAUUGCCCCGGGGUACGGUGGUCCUCUGAAAGACAUCCCUCCAGAGAAGUUCAACAGUACAGCUGUGCCAAAGUCCUACCACUCACCCUGGGAGCAGGCCAUUAUCAAUGACCCAGCCUUGGCCGACACUCUCCACAAUCGCAUACCCGAGCCAGAGCCCCGACAAGACCUACCAGGAUUCAAAAGUUUCAACAGGGUGGCAACCCCGUUCGGUGGCUUCAGCAAGGCGCCCAGGCCUGCUCCCAUCAAGCCCCUCCAGCUGGAACCAGUCCCUGACUACCCUGAGCUCCAAGGGGACACGGCGAUAAAUCGACCCUCCUUCAACAGAUCUGCUACGGGGUGGGUGUCGGUGGGCGGUCCAGUCCCCCUCCAUACCGUUUCCCUUGAGCCUGUGCUCAUCCCUGAGUCAGAGGACCUUUGAACCCAUGAGGUCACACAGAGAUGCUGUCUACUUAGUUGCUGCACCAUGGUGAGCAGGGCGAGAGAAAGCGUCCUGUUGGGCUUUGAUGGUUCAACUUAUGCAGCAUGUACGGUUUUCUUGGUUCUUUCUUGGUUUUCCAGGGAUGUAAGCUAUUGCACUGCAUGAAUUCAUCACCCUGUACAGUAGGCUGAGACAUUACUGGAAUAAAUGGAAUUUAUUGUAUAUUAAUGUGCAUAAGAGUAUUUUAUCCUGCGGAUACAAGUUUUUGCUCAAUAAAAUGGUGAAAGAA